CUGCCGUGUGCGGAAACCCGCCAAAACAGUUCCCGGUUUCCAUGACAUUGGAUAUGUACGGUACUGUUUUUGCUGCGCAUGCGCAAAACAAGCGGUUUAUCUAGCAACACAGUCAAUGCAGAAUAACAUACAGAACCGACACUUCGCCGUUUUUGCGAAACUAAAUUUGUAUGCGCAUGUGCGCAAGUUGACCAAUAGAGGUCCUUAGUGUUGAUUUGCUGUCAACGUGUUAAACUACCGCCUUUUUUGUACAUGCGUGUUGAAAAUUUGGCAAAGUACUUUGAACUAGUAAAGAAGAAUGACAUAUGAAUCCCACUUUUGUUAUUACCUAAAAAUUAUUGGAACAUCAAUAAAAAACGUAAUGUUUCAGUUAAGGUUUCAGUUACCGUGUCACUAUCCGUUCAACUUAUUACGACGUAUGUUGGUCUCAAAUCUCGAGUAACGCACAUUUAAGUUAAAUGAUUUAACUCGAAUGGUAUAAAUUAUUAUAUACGAUUAUAAAUCGGACCGUGUACUCAAUGAUAAACGCUUGGAAGACUUGAACAUUCGACCGAACACUCCCUAUAUGUACUUUAUCUAUAGUAUAUGAUAGUAACUCUAUACUAUCAUAUAAACAUAUGGCGGCGGUUGCAAGCAGCUUUUAUUUGAUACAAACCAGCACUGUACUUGGAUUGAUUAGCGUACAAGUAUGAGGACUAGAAAAACAUUUGCAAUUCUUGGGGCAGGUUUAAUUUUAGCCUGUUGCAUUAUGAUAUAUUUAAUGAUGGAUCUAGCACUUUUUCCACCUGGACAAGCAUCCAAACUUUCCGUUAACGAUAAUCAGUGGUUACAUUUUGAAAACCGAUUAGCAAAGCUAGAGAAAGAUUUUAAUAAACAUCACGAAGUCAUGAACGCUUUGCAGGAAGUAGCAGAAGCAAAAAAUUUUGUUCCCAUAGCUCACUCUAUAAAUCGUUAUAAUCAUUCUAUAUCUUCAAGUUCCUCCCAUUUAGGAAAAGUAUUUACAUGUAAUUUUAAUAUACAAAAAGUACCAGAAGUAGAUGUACAAAUGUUAAUGAUGUACAAACAAUUAGAAUUUGAUAAUGUCGAUGGCGGAGUUUGGAAACAAGGGUGGGAUAUUACGUACGACGAUAAGCAAUGGCAUCCAAAUAGAAAGUUAAAGGUUUUUGUAGUGCCGCAUUCUCAUAAUGAUCCUGGUUGGCUUAGCACCUUCGAAAAAUAUUAUACGUUUCAAACUCGAAAUAUACUAAAUAAUAUGGUUAAAAAAUUAGUAGAAGAUAGAAGACGUAAAUUUAUUUGGGCAGAAAUAUCAUUUUUUCAACUUUGGUGGGAAGAUCAAUCUAAGACUACGCGUAAUUUGGUUCGACGUUUAAUUCAUGACGGCCAGUUGGAAAUUGUAACGGGAGGAUGGGUCAUGCCCGAUGAAUCUGUUUCUCACUGGAUAGCUCAACUCACGCAACUUACGGAAGGUCAUCAGUGGCUAAAAUAUAAUUUAGAUUAUACACCAAAUUCAGGCUGGGCGAUUGAUCCGUUUGGUCUUUCUCCGACUAUGCCAUAUCUUUUGAAGAAUGCUGGAUUGAAAAAUGUGCUGAUACAAAGGGUUCAUUAUUCGGUUAAAAAAAGAUUGGCUAAACAAAAACGUUUAGAAUUUCGAUGGAGGCAACUAUGGGAUAACGAUGGAUCAACAGAAAUAUUUACGCAUGUCAUGCCAUUUUAUAGUUACGAUGUGCCGCAUACUUGCGGCCCAGAUCCAAAAGUAUGCUGUCAGUUUGAUUUCUUUCGACUUCAAAGUUUUGGAUUGAUUUGUCCAUGGAAGGUAGCUCCGCGAGCUAUAACUAGAGCAAAUGUUGCAGAAAGAGCUGCUCUUUUGCUAGAUCAAUAUCGCAAAAAAGCUCAACUUUUUAAGACCGACGUAGUAUUAGCGCCACUUGGAGAUGACUUUAGAUACACUCAUUUUACAGAAUGGGACGCUCAAUAUACCAACUAUCAAAAGCUUUUUGAUUAUAUGAAUCAAAAUCAACAAAUGAAUGUUCAAAUUAAAUUUGGAACGUUAAGCGAUUAUUUUGAUACAGUUAGAGAGAAGUAUAAUUUAAGUGAAUUUCCUACUUUGUCUGGAGACUUUUUUACAUAUUCUGACAGAGACGAUCAUUAUUGGAGCGGAUACUAUACAUCAAGGCCUUUCCACAAACGACUAGAUCGUGUAUUAUUAAGUUUACUGAGAGCAUCAGAGAUAUUAAAUACCAUAGCUUGGACUAAAGAUCAUAAUAAAUUAGUGGAAGGCACUAUUGCCCAGCGUUUAAGCAAAGCAAGGAUGUGGCAUUCUUUGUUCCAACAUCAUGAUGGUGUUACUGGAACUGCCAGAGACGAAGUAGUUAUAGAUUAUGCAAAAAAAAUGAUAAUUGCCUUGAACAAUUCAGCUCAUGUACUUCAACAAUCUGUAGUACAUUUAUUGAAAACUUCUCAAGAAUUUACAAUCGAUGCGGACGCUGUGUAUAUUUCACUCGAUGAAUCUAGAUUACGUCAUACUAGCGCUGGAGACAAACAUAUACUUAUAUUAGGAGAUGAAAAUCCUUUGAAAAAAGUUAUCUUAUACAAUUCUCUUCCAAGACAAAGGGCGAAAGUUCAAACACUAAUUAUUUCAACACCAUUUGUCAAAGUCACAGAUCGUAUGGGUCAACCAGUACAAUGUCAAAUAUCUCCAAUUUGGAUUGGUCCUGUUGCAUUAACUGCUGCUAGAUAUGAGUUAUCGUUCCUAGUAACAGUACCUGGAUUUGGUAUUACAACAUAUAUAAUUCAUACUCUAUCUAAAUCAUCGUUUCCACAGGAUGUACACCUUGCGAAUGUGACUGUUUUUAACACGGAUGUAAAUCUUCCAAAAAUACCUGGUUUUAAUCAAAUUCAAGUAAUACCAAAUGCCCAAGAAUUUUCGAUAACGCAACGGCCAGAGUUGUCGGCAUCGUUUGGAAAAUCAGGUCUCUUAAAAGCUUUGAGGGUCGGUAAUACAACAUUUCCCGUUCAUUUGGAAUUUGUCAAAUAUGGCACUAGAGGCUCCGGUAAAGAUAAAAGUGGAGCCUACUUAUUUUUACCUGACAAACCAGAACCAGAUUUAGUAUUUACGGACAAUAAGUGUAUUGUACACUUAAUAAAUGGACCCAUUGUAUCUAAAGUAUUUGUAGAAUUGGCACAUGUACGUCAUAUUUGUACAUUGUACAAUUCUUCCGGUGGCGACGGACUUGGAUUACACAUACUUAAUGAGGUUGAUAUAUCAGAAACACAAAACUAUGAACUUGCUAUGAGACUGAGUACAGAUAUAGCAUCGGGCGAUCAAUUCUUCACAGAUUUAAACGGGCUUAAUAUGAUCAAACGCCAAAGGUUUCCAAAACUUCCUACACAAGGAAACUAUUAUCCAAUGGCAGCAAGUGCAUAUAUAGAGGAUAAGAAAGUUAGAUUAACAGUAGUAACGGCACAACCGUUGGGUGUAAGUUCUAUGGCAUCCGGACAAAUUGAAAUUAUGCAAGAUAGAAGAUUACUUCAAGAUGAUAACAGAGGAUUAGGUCAAGGUAUAACCGACAACCUAUUGACAAAUCAUUUGUUCAUGCUUGUUCUUGAAAAGAAAAAGCCCCUUUGUCAAUUUUCGUCACCGGCAACAAAUCAUCCGGCAGGUUUAUUAUCGCUAUAUGGUCAUUUAGCAUCAGAAGAAUUGCUACAUCCGAUAAUUGCAAUGCAUCCGCAAAAGUUUUUACCUUUUGAUCUAAAUGCACAUUUUUCGCCUCUCCGUUAUGAUCUGCCUGUAGAUUUAAGUAUCGUUAGCUUCCGAGUGUUUCCUAUCCCCGAAGGAGCCGGUAAGGGUAUUGGUAUGGUUUUGCAUCAAGCUGCAUUAGAUAUGUGUUGGAAUGACGAUUCUUAUACACGGUAUUUCAAUAUUUCUAAAUCUGGAGAAGUUGAUUUAACAAAGUUCCUUAAUUAUAUAGAUAACUGGAUUAUUAGUGAGGCUCCUCUUACAUUCCAUAAUGUAGGGCCAUCUUUAAAGUCACCCAUCGUUAAUUUAUGUCCGCAUCAAAUAUUACCAAUUUUAUUUCAUAAACCAGAAUUUUAA